AUGGCAGCAGACAGCAGCAUGGCUCCCGAAGAGCAGGCAAGCACAACUCCUGCAAAAAGGGCUGUCCACAAGAUCCGAACUGCCACCCUAGUCUUCAGCUUGGCGCGAGGUUGGCAGCAGUGGGCAACUGACCACAACGUAAAGCAAGCCCAAGAACCCACCGGGUGGGUCCCCAGCGCAGAGUACUCAUCAACUCAGCCAGCACAAGAAAGACCCUUUGAAAAAUGGCCAGAUCCAUCCGCCAAGAGGGACCAAGGAAAAGACGAUGAAAAAUCAUCAGCAAAGGAAUCAAUGACAAUAAGAGAUGCUGAAAAAAAAUCAAGGGAAUCAGAUGAAGCCCUCAAGAAGUUCAACAUUAAAAGCAAAGAAGUGACCAAGACAGUUGUAAGCAAAGCCUACGAACGAGGAGGUGACGUUAGCCUCCUCAGCGACAGAUAUGAGAACAACAAUGGCAACUCAGAGAUGAUCAAGCUCAAAAAAGAAUCAAAUGCUAUUGACAAAAUUCUUAGUGCAAAAUUAUCUCCCACAAUAAGGAGAAAGUGUUCAAACAUGGUAUCAGAGCUGACCAAGGGCUGGAAGCAGAUGGAACAAGAGGACAAAGUGGGGACUAAGGAAGAAACGCUGCUUAACUGCCAUGAUGACAGCAUGGAUGCAGAGGACAGUGGCUAUGGGGAAUCAGAGGAUAGACUUGAGCCAGAGGAGAGUGAACGAGAGGUGAUGGCUGUGAGGAUUAAACGACCUGUGCCAUCUUUCACAAGCAAGCUCAGUGAGGAAAGGAGCACUAAGGCUCACAGGAAAUACAGCCCCGUUAAUAGCUUGAAGGACAGGUGGCAGGAAUGGGCAGACCAGCACAUUACAUCACAGAAGCUGAAUCCCUUCAGCGAAGAAUUUGACCACGAGCUGGCCAUGUCCACACGCCUCCACAAAGGAGAUGAAGGGUACGGCCGUCCGAAGGAAGGAACCAAAACUGCUGAAAGGGCCAAGAGAGCUGAGGCCCACAUUCACCGGGAGAUCAGGGACAUGUGCUUCAUCAUUGAAUCAAUGGCAAAACCACGGCGUGAUGGCAAGAUCCAAGUCACUUUCGGGGAGCUCUUUGAGAGAUACGUUCGUAUUUCAGAUAAGGUUGUUGGGAUUCUCAUGAGAGCCAGGAAACAUGGACUGGUGGACUUUGAGGGAGAAAUGUUAUGGCAAGGAAGGGAUGACAAUGUCAUAAUUACAUUACUAAAAUAGGCACGCUAGGACAAGAGCAACUUGCCUUGGAAAACCUCUGUUUUUCCCUUGCUGUUAUCUUUUGCACAUUUGGAAUACAAGAUGUUUUCACCCCCUGGACAAGUAAAGACAUUGAGCAUUUUUCUAAAUAGAAGCUUUGUAACUAUUUCAUGAUAAGCAUCCAAAUGGAUUUUUCUCUGUACCAGGAGGGCUUCUUUACUGUAUCAAAAUAAUAAUAAUAAUAAUAAUAAUCAUAAUUAAAGAAAAAAUAUAUUGAACAAUAAGCAGAUGAACAUAGAAAGCCAUAGCAAUACAAAGAGCUACAAAUGAAUUCCAAUUUUCACUUAUCCUUAUAUUCACGGUCCUCUCGACUAUUUAAACUGGGAUAUCACA